CUGAAAGAAGGCAGAGAGUCGGCGCCGAUCUCAGACUCGCGCUGCACACGCGAUCCGUACUCUGCAGCUGACUCGCAGUCCCAGCUGUCGCAUCAUGGACUCCCUGAUGCAGGUGGUCAACUUCGGGCCUGGGCCAGCCAAGCUGCCGCGCUCGGUAUUGUUAGAGGUACAAAAAGAAUUAUUAGACUACAAAGGAGUUGGGAUUAGUGUUCUUGAAAUGAGCCACAGGUCAUCAGAUUUCGCUAAGAUUAUCAGCAACACAGAGAAUCUUGUGCGGGAAUUGUUAGCCGUUCCGGACAACUACAAGGUGAUUUUUGUGCAAGGAGGUGGGUGUGGCCAGUUCAGUGCUGUCCCCUUAAACCUGAUUGGCCUGAAAGCAGGAAGGUGUGCCGACUAUGUGGUGACAGGAUCCUGGUCAGCUAAGGCUGCAGAAGAAGCCAAGAAGUUUGGGACUGUGAAUAUCGUCCACCCUAAACUUGGGAGUUACACAAAAAUUCCAGAUCCAAGCACCUGGAACCUCAGCCCAGAUGCUUCCUAUGUGUACUACUGUGCCAAUGAGACUGUGCACGGAGUGGAGUUUGACUUUAUCCCUGAUGUCAAGGGAGCAGUGUUGGUCUGUGACAUGUCCUCAAACUUCCUGUCCAAGCCAGUGGAUGUUUCCAAGUUUGGUGUGAUUUUUGCUGGCGCGCAGAAGAAUGUUGGCGCUGCGGGAGUCACAGUGGUGAUCGUCCGAGACGACCUGCUAGGGUUCGCCCUCAGGGAGUGCCCCUCCGUCCUGGACUAUAAAGUGCAGGCUGGCAAUAACUCCCUAUACAACACACCUCCCUGCUUCAGCAUCUAUGUCAUGGGCUUGGUCCUGGAGUGGAUUAAGAACAACGGCGGUGCAGCAGCCAUGGAGAAGCUUAGCUCCGCCAAAUCGCGAAUGAUUUAUGAUAUUAUUGAUAAUUCUCAAGGAUUUUACGUAUGUCCAGUGGAGCCCCAGAAUAGAAGCAAGAUGAAUAUUCCAUUCCGCAUUGGCAACAGCAAAGGAGAUGAUGCUUUAGAAAAAAGAUUUCUGGAUAAAGCUCUUGAACUCCACAUGAUCUCCCUGAAAGGGCAUAGGUCUGUGGGAGGCAUCCGGGCCUCUCUGUAUAAUGCUGUCACCAUCGAAGACGUCCAGAAGCUGGCGGCCUUCAUGAAGAAUUUUUUGGAGAUGCACCAGCUAUGAGCACACCCUCGUCAACAUAUACUCUGCCCUGAACAAUGUACAAAAUUGAAAGUAAUUAGGGAAUGGCUACAAACACUUAACAAGCAUGGUAUUGGUAUUUUUCUCGAAUGAAUAUACUUAUGAUAGGUUCUUUUUUUCAGAGAACAACAGCAACACAUUCCACAGCUCUGCAAAGCUGUUGGGACUUAAUCUUAAUUCUGACUUGAACUGGAAGCAUUUUAAAAAAAUCUUCUUCUUGCUUUUCUAAUGGUUACUAGCUUAUGUGGUCUUUGCUGCUACUUUUUCUACCUAAAUCUCAUAUUCAAAGCUGCCUGUGGGUUUAAGGAUGCAAAUUGCAGAUAAUUAUGUUUAGAGACACACAAGCACACAGCAUGGAGGGUAGGUGGGAAUUUUGAGCCUUUGGAAAAUGAUAGCAGUGAGGUCUCCUGAGUUCCAGCCGUGUGGUGACUGUUUAGGAGUUCUAGACUAAAGAGCAAACUGGAGAUCUUUCUUUAUACUGUUAUUAUCAUAAAGAGAGAAAAAUCACAUAAUACUCGUUUCUAUAGCAAGGUCUGUUUUUAAUACCAAAUAGUUUAUAUAGCUCUAUGAAUUUAUAUUUCUAAUAACAAGGUUCUCGAAGAUAUACGUAGAGACUGAGAAUUUGUUAGGCUCCCUGACCUUGUGCGUUAUAGUGUUGCAUUCUCGACAGUUAUGUCCCUCCUCCCCACAUCCACUUCCCUUUUUGAGCUGUUUCACAAGAUUUGGAAGCUCCUUGAUUCACUUUUACUCAUUUCUGUGGGUAGAAGAAAGGAUGGUUGAUCGGUUCUUCAUUUUUCAUUUAUGCUGUUAAACUGAAAGUGUCUGUUAGACUCCCUUAUUGUUUGUUCACGUGACUGUUCUCUUUAUGGUAUUUGACCAGUGAUGCUGUGAGUUCUGGAAGAUCAUUGCUGAAGAGUCUUUUCCCCUAUUGUUCAUCUGUGGUCAGUGUUUUUUGUUGAACAUGUGAAGGACAUUAAAGUCCUAAAACAUCUAAACCUUUGUCAGUAAAUUUCUUUACCCCCGUUUUAGGCAGUUUUUUUUUUUUAAACUUCAUGCUGGGAAAACUUGAGUCUGAAAGUAGCAUCUGAUAAGGGUAUUUUUGUUCAACCAAAGAUGUGAGACCUGAGUCCUCCCAUUUGUGUUUUUAAUGAUUCAGCACGCUGGUAGCUUUCCAUUGGCUUUUGGAAUGGACAUUACCAACACACCACCUUACAACACAGCCCAUGGUAUAAAGUUCUAUGAACUUUGUCCCACUUGGGCCAGAAAUACACCAGGAGGACGGUUUUGAGCUAUCUCUGCAUUUUGUUAGUUUGUGUAAUUGAGGACUGUACUGAUCUUUGGUACCAGCUCUGCAUCCAUUAGCUGGUUAGUUGGGUUCCCCUGCUUAGGGCUAAGCCUCCCCAGUCUUGGUUCUCUCGUCUGUAAAAAGGAGGGUUGAAAUAAUUCCUUUACUCAUCUCAGGGAUGUUUAAGGGCUUAAAACAAGGGUUCAGUGCAGGGUGUGGACAAUAACCACAACAAAUAUUUAAAUAGCAAAAGCCAGCCAGCUCAUGGAAUCCAACCAGGUGUUCACAUAUUUAUUCUAUUUCUCCUCCUUCAUCAUCCAUUCAUAUGAUGGUUGCAAGUCCCUGUGGUUUGUAGCAGCCCCACAUCUCUUGAAUCUCUGCUUAUUUCUAUUCCCAUUGCCGCAGCCAGCUCUGUCGGCUCUCAGGGGAUCAUUUCGGCAGCCUCAUCUGCCCCCACCAGCCCCUACCAGCACGGCCGAUUGGAUGAUCACUUCCCCUCACGGUCCUCCUUGGUACAUAAAAAAGCCCAGGCUUCUUAGUCCAGAAGUCACAGCUUUGUAGCAUCUGGUCUGGCUUAUUCUUUCUUGUGGUUUCUUGUGGUUCUGGUUCUUGGAAUGUGACAAGCAUAUGCCCACAAUACGACAGGUAAGCCUGGAGUUCCUGCCCCGACUCUGCAAGACUGACCUUCCUUCAAGGCACCUGCCAGCCUCCUGACCUUGUUUAUGUCUCCUCCAUUGGAGUGAUGCUCUUGUCCCUUGUUCUUACAAGGGUGACCCUUUUAUCCCAUCACGGUGCCUCUGUUCUGUUCUUUACCGUACUGAGGUGUCGGCUUUUCCUCUUUUCCCACUAGAGCAGUGUGGAACAAGCCUUGUUUCUCUACCUCCAUCACCUGGCCUCCUGCCUGGCCCCUGGGAGGUGCUCAACUGUCUGUUUAAUGAACAGGGAAGUCAGGUCUUCCUGAAUUUCACAAAUAGCCUGCAGUAAAGGCAGAUUUUUUAAAAAUUUUCAUGUACAUGGAUUUUAAAAAAAAUUUUCUAAAGCUGAAUAUAUAGUACAAUUUCAUUUUUUACUAAAAUUUAGAAUCUUGGAGGGCUUCCAGACUCAUCUAGAGAUACCUGUGAAAGCUUUUGGAAAAUGGUUGGCAACUGCAUUCGUCUAAGUACAAAGAAAGGUAGUCACUGUUGUCUGGACACGGAGGUUCUGCAGCACGGAUUUCUGGAAGAUACUCACCGAGCAAAAGCCUUGACCUUUGUAUGUCUCAAGUGAACACACUAAUGCCCGUCUGCUGACACAUGGAGAGAGGUGGAUGGGGAGAUAAGGAUGCAGGCUCCCAGGUCAGCAGUCUGCGGGAGCCACAACUGGCCAGUCUUGAAGAUUAAAGGCCAAGUAGACAGACAAGCGUCUUUCAGGCCUUCGGGAACCUGUGUAAGCCUUGGUGGCCUCAGGUUCCUUCAGAUCCUCCAAAUUGUCCUUCUUCCCCCAAACUUAUCUUGAACUUUUUUUUCUCUUUCAAAAUUUGAUAGCGCAUAAUCAUGUCAAUGCCAAGCAAGAAAAAGCAAAUUUGUCCCCAUGUUGCUUAAGUUUACCUCCACUCACUGUUCUGUCCCCAGCACUGCGGUUCUGUUCUUUGCACAGGAAAUAAAACUGCCCUGUUCUGUCCUAGUUUAUGUUUACCUAAACAGCUAAUGCUGUCUCAUCACAACUUAGCAGAUGCUAGAAGGUUUGGCAAGCCCUUGGGUGAACCAUGUGAUGUAACAAAUAAUUAUUCCCUCUCUCCCCUUUAGAGCUUCAGGAGCCACUAAAACCCAUAAAAUGGACAAGGCCCAUUGAUAGAUGUCGAGUUCUGCCGAAGGCACUAGCAGGUCUGGGCUUGUAUCACGCCGUGAUUAAUGCUUGUUUUACCAUGUUCUUUGGAAGGAAAAUAAAAUGAGGAAGAAUUUUCUCACAUUUGAUCAGAAUGAACAUAAUUAAAGAGUGAAAUGCUACUGCGUCUGCAAAGAAAUCAAUCACUUUAAUUGGAAAGAAGAUUCCUUGCCUCUGUUAGUAAUUGGGCUCGUGGUAAUUUAGAAUCGGAAUCCAUGACAGUUUGUGAUAAAUUGGCUCCUUUUGGGCUAAAGAAGGUAAGACAUUCUAAUUAUCCCUGGAUUCUUCCAGAGUGGAUGGAAAAGCUUGAUCAAGGAGAUAUUGGGAGAGAGACAGAAAAGUUAGCAGUGAGCAAAGAUUUAUUGAAUUUCUUCUUAGGAAGCUACAGAAUAAAACAGUUCAUUGGAUGUGACAAAAGCAAGAGCUUGGUAUUUGAAAUCCCAGAGAUGGAAAUAGGAUUUUCGAAGAAAAUAAGGAACUGGGCAUGUUAGAAAAAGUUUGUGUACACGGAAGCUCUUUAGUUAGGUUAUAGAAACUGGCCCUGCUUACUUGUUAGCACACGAGAAUCUUGACAACCUUGGGCCUCACUUGGGGAAAAGUAUGGAAUUUGUACGUUGACCGUCUAAAUGUGUAAGUAAUUGGCACUGAGUUUAAGGAAGUUUAAAACGUAUCAUUCAAAUGAAAGCAUAAUUUCAGUUAGUAGAAACUGAUGUACAGACCUGGCCCCUGUUGGUAUCCUAGCCUUUCUUUCUCUUUAGAUUGUCUAAUGAUACCUGAGGAACAGGCUGGGUUUUAGGAUGAUGCACUGGGUUAUACAUUUAUUUUAAAUUGUGUGUGUGCAUUCUAUAUAUCUAUAUAGGUGUAGAUAGAUAGUUCUAGAUAGAUAUAACUUCAAACUUAAAGAAAAUUUGCGAUAUUACUACAGAGAACUCUUGUGUGUGUCUUACCUAGAUUCAUUGAUUAUUAACAUUCAGCUUUAUUUGCUUUGGCCUUCAUUUUCUCUCCAUAUAUACAUGUUUCUUUUCCCUUAGCCACUCAAAGGUAAGGAAGGAGAUAUUGUGCCCCAUUACCUCUAAAAAGUGAUUAUUUCCUGAGGACAACAACAUUUUCUUACAAAACCACAGCACAACAGUCUAAGUCAGAAAUUUAACGUCGAUACUGUUGACUCAUCUACUGUCCAUGUUCAAAUUUUGCCACUUAUUCCAGUAACAUCCUUUAAUGGCUAAUUUUUUCAGCCCAGGAACCAGUCCACAAUCAUGCAUUGCACUUAAUUCUCAUGUGACUUUGGUCCAAAUAUGAAACAGUUCUUCAGCCUCUUCGUUCUUCACAUUGACAGUUUGUGAAGAGUAGAGGCUCGUCGUCAUGUAGAACGAUCCUCAGUUUGGGUUCGUCCUCUGCUUCCUCGUGAUCAUUUCUGGUUACGCGCUUUUGGUGGGGGCUCCACAGAAGUGAUGGUGCGUCCCCUGAUGCGUCCUAGCAGGAGGUAUCUGAUGGCUGUCUGUCUCAUUAGCCUCUUGGUUAACGUAGUGCCCAUGAAGUUUCUCCACUGUCAAGUUAAAGAGUAAUUUAUAGAGAGAUAUUUUGAGAUUCUGGAAGUAUCCUGUUCUUCAUCAAACUUCUGAAUUGCAUAUCUCCUCCAUAAAAUGGAUAAUACUGAUGGAUUUAUUUGAUGGUGAAGGUGAAGUUGUUCUUCAUGCUUAUUUUCCACUAGUAUUUUUUACAACCCACUCUCCUCUCUUCCAGAGUGGGGAAAAAAUCCUAAAAUACAAGCAAAAGUGUGUGAAACGGUUCAUUAGGAAGUUGAAAGGCAUCUGUUGGAGGAUAUAUCUUCCAGGAGCCCUGAGAGUAACAAACAUAUUUUGAGAAUGCAAACAGGACAGACAGGUGUGCUUUUUGGUGAACGAGAAAAGAAGAAAAAGAAUCCCCUGGUCAAGAUAUAGGGACCAGCUUGUAGAAUUUUCCUUACCUGUUUAGUCAAGUUUGUUUAUUUCUCAAUAUUUUUAGAAGUAUAGCCCUUUGGCCACACAGGCCUUUAAUCUAAUAACCAGAUCAUGAACCACAGAGCCUGAUUAUACUUUGAAAGAUGUCGUCUAUAUAACGACCUAAAGUUAAAGUUGCCUCUGAUGACGCUAGCCUAGCAGAAUAGCUCCCAAGAGAAAAAUAAAAUCUUGGCUUCUAUCUAGCCAUGUGAAAUGCCAUCUUAAAUGCCCAAGAAAUGAAACUUGAAGUUGAAACAUAAGAAAUACAGGAAGUUACAGGUUAUUCUGGGGGAAAAAAAAUAAAGAUCUUAUCCAGCAGAGUAAAAGCAGUUAGAGGCUGAAUCAUUCCUUCCGUUCCCUUCCCCACUUUAAAACCAUAGUUUCUUUAGGCUGAAAGUCCAGGGGUUGAAGCAGAAAUCUUCAGGAGUUCUUGGGAAAUGACCAGUGAGCAGGUUAAUAACCUCAGGCAGCAAAUACUCUGCUGUAAGUUAUACCGGGAGAAAUACUACUGAAUUUCUGAUGCAUUUAAAUCCAGGGCGAUCUAACGUAUUUUAUAAAGAGUUAAGUUCAAAUUAAUGCUCCAGCUGAUGUUCCCCAGUCACCUCCCCCAUGGAGCCCUCCCUGAUUCUCCCAGCAGCAUAUUGUUCAAUGUAGAGUGUCUUCAAUGACCUCUUUUCACUAUCUACUGACCACCAGACCCUCUCUGUGUAAUAUUCAAUAAAU